ACCAGAAGGAUGUGCUUGUCUGUGCACAACUGGAGCAGCAGCAGCAGCAGCAGCAUCUGGACUAGAGGAGAGAUAGAGACGCUCCGUUGCUGUGUUUAGAAAAAGCCCUGCGCCUCAAGGUUGCUGAUGCCGAUGCUGAUGCCGAUGCUGAUGCUCUGGACUGUGUCUUGAUGGAACAGACUCACAGCAGUGCUGUGAUGUCAGACGCAGCAGCUGUCUCACCUCUGACAUGAUGCAGGGAACUGGAGGAGCAGCAGCAUUCCUUACACUGCUGCUGCUGCUGCCGCUGCUGUGCUGCUGCCACCUGUGCCACUCACUGCGGGUUCCAAAGCUCUCCUCGUAUGCAAAAGCUGAAGACAAGCUGUUCAAAUACCUCUUUGGAAGUUACCAGAAAUGGGUGCGUCCAGUGGCGUUCCUUAACCAGAGCAUCUGUGUGAGGUUUGGACUGGCCAUCUCGCAGCUCGUGGAUGUGGAUGAAAAAAACCAGCUGAUGACAACCAAUGUGUGGAUGAAACAGGAAUGGACUGACAUGAAACUCAGAUGGAACCCUGACGACUACCUGGGCAUCAGGACCAUCAGAGUCCCGUCUGACAGGCUGUGGCGUCCUGACGUUGUUCUUUAUGAUAACUCAGACGGACGUUUCGAGGGAACUGUCACCAAAGCCGUAGUGAAGUACGAUGGAACUAUAACCUGGACACCACCGGCCAAUUACAAAUCCGCCUGCACCAUCGAUGUCACCUUCUUCCCAUUUGACCUUCAGAACUGUUCUAUGAAGUUUGGCUCCUGGACCUAUGAUGGCUCCCAGGUGGACAUCAUUCUUGAGGACUUCCACGUUGACAAGCAGGACUAUUUUGACAAUGGUGAAUGGGAGAUAGUGAAGGCCACGGGCAGCCGUGGCGUGAGGACCGACGGCAGCUCCUCCUACCCCACCAUCACCUAUUUCUUCAUCAUCCGCAGGUUGCCUCUUUUCUACACCCUCUUCCUCAUUAUUCCCUGCAUUGGCCUUUCCUUUCUCACUAUCCUUGUCUUCUACCUGCCCUCCAACUGUGGUGAGAAGAUCUCUCUGUGCACCUCAGUGCUGGUAUCACUCACUGUCUUCCUGCUGGUCAUUGAGGAGAUCAUCCCUUCCUCCUCCAAGGCUAUUCCUCUUAUUGGGGAGUACCUGGUGUUCACCAUGAUCUUUGUCACGCUCUCCAUCAUCAUCACUGUGUUCGCCAUCAACAUCCAUCACCGUUCCUCCUCCACUCAUCACAGCAUGGCACCCUGGGUUAGGAAGAUAUUCCUGCAUCGCCUCCCCAAGCUGUUGUGCAUGCGCAGCCACGUGGAUCGCUACGCCACAGCAGGAGUUGUAGGAGCACUGGGAUUGAGUGUGAUGAAGGAGUCAGCUCCUAAACUGUUGCCUCCACCCUACACAAAAGAUCACUUUCAAGCCGCCUUGGAUUCUAUUCGCUACAUCUCCAGACAUGUGGUGAAAGAAAAUGAGGUCAGAGAGGUGGUUCAGGACUGGAAGUUUGUAGCCCAGGUUUUGGAUCGGAUGUUUCUGUGGGCCUUCCUCCUGGUGUCCAUUCUGGGAUCUGCACUUCUCUUCAUCCCAGUUAUUUACAAGUGGGCCAGCAUCAUCGUACCUGAUCAUGCUGGAAGUUUCCUCUGAGAAUCACAGAUGGAAGAGGAAUAACCCUGGAAUUUCCUUCAAAGCACAUCAGCAGUGAGUCUCCAGUCAGAGAAUGGCAGUGAGAACCAGUGAAAACCAGUGAGAACUGAGAUUUAUUGUCAAGUCCAAUGAAAAACAAUACUCAGUUUAUCUCAUCAAUUAUCUAAGAAAUAUAAAGAAUUUACAUUUUCAGUAUAUUUUUUUUACAGGCUGGUAUCACAUGAGUACGGUAUCCCUAUGUCUGGAACAGAUUUGUAAAUACCAAAUUAUAUAAUUUACUCACAGUAUUUAGUUUUCGUUUGUUGUGUCACCAACAGUCCUGGUUUAAAAGUAUAAACAUUUGUUUUCAUUUGUAGUAAAGUUACAUUGUCCUGUAUUUUAUCCCUUGGAUUUUAUUCACAGUAUUUCCAGCUGUAAAUAAUAUGAACACUUGGUUUGAGCUCCAUUAUUUGUUGUUUAUUAAUUCUUAUUCUCACAGAACUCAAAACAAACUGAUUUUUUAUGACAAAUGUUAAGCUGCAGAGGUCAAGGCCCCCGACCCCCUCUGUAAAUGUUGAGUCUUUUCAGUUGUCAUUCUCCUUAAUCAAAACUUUUAUGUGAUGUCCAAAAUAAUUAAUACAUUAAAAUGAAGAAAUGUAAAAUGCACUGUGUAGACACUGUAGUCCAGUAUAAUCACCCUGCUCUAAUACACAGACAUGUUGGUAUUUACACACACAAGUCUUCAUUUCACCAAAAAACCACAAGCCUGAAAGUACCAUCUUUACAGCCAGCAUGUGUGUGUGUGUGUGUGUGUGGAGACUCCAGGUUCAGGUCAGACGUCAGUGUCAGUGUCAGUGAUCUGAUGUCUGACACACAGGUACGAAGAAACUCUUGAAUCAUCGUCAGGACUAAAAGCCACCAGUAAAAGACAUUUGUGCGUUUAUUCCAGGAGUUAAAAAAAAAAAGAUUUUCUGUCAUAUUCACGAAUGUGGAUUUAUCUAGAUUAAUUUGUUGUUAACAGAUUGAAGUUAACAACCAAAUCACACAUUUCACUUCAACAUUUGUGUUCUGUUUUCUUUUAUAUUCUUCUUUUUUUCCCCUGGUUUGUUUGUUUGGACAGAAAAAUGUUGGCGUUUGAAUUUUCAUUAAUCAAUCCAACAGCUCAGAUGUGGUCGGAAUAAUUCUAGUUUUUAAUUUGCACAUGUCAUAUUCUGGACAGCGAUGGACUUUAUUUGUGUUUGUAAUAAAAGUUGAGCCACAGACGUGGAGCAGGACAGGGAGGAACAUUCUAGAUGUUGUGAGAAUAAAGUAGAGGGAAAGAUUUUGACGUUGCAUGUAGAAGACAACAACAAUGUGAUUUAUAAAGUGUGAAACUUUUUCACAGCUGCCACUGGUCGUCACGUUCUCAAGUGUUUCAGCUGCAACACAGUUUUACUGAAAGAAGAAAUAACGAAAACCUACGGAAGAGGUGACGAGUGAAAAGAUGUGUGUGGUGAUCGAGUUCCUGAGGAAACGGUUCUAAAAGGAGAAGUAGAAACACACACUGCAUCGAGUGUGAGAAACAUGAGAGUUGAUGUUUGGUUUCUUUAAAAACGUUUGUUUGUUCUAUAUUUGAUCUUUUCCCAGGAUACUUGUUGUUGUUGUUGUUGUUGUUGUUGUUUCCUGCUCAUUGAAUAUAAUCCAUCCUCCUCAGCUUUUGUUUUAUUGUAGUUUCCUUAUAUGCAUGGCACUGAGAAUUAUAAAAACCCUCUGUUGUUUAGAGCCCAAUCCAAAUUGCACACAUAGAAAUAAAUAAUUGAAUCUCACUUCUGUGUUGCUGGAUUUAAUUAUUGAAAUGAUUUCUGCUGCAGUCGUUGCUCUUUUGCCAAAAGUUUCUAUGAAACAUUUUUAUUUAAUAUUUCUGGUGAAAACAGAUGAGUUUGAGGUUGACUGCGUUAGUCUGUCUGUGGAUCAUGUUGACAUGUGUUGCUUAGUACUGUGAUGUACUGUAGUAUUCUUCAAUAAAAUAAAACAAACAAACAAAAAAAAAACGGAAUCACAAUGAAUGAAAUCCUUCCUUUGGAAUUCUUCUUUUUUUGAGCUGUGUUUUUAAUAUGAUUAAAGUCUACGGUACCAGUAAAGUAGACACAAAAACAUGAAUAUAUCAUUACAUCAAUAUUAAUAAAAAAAGAAAAGUCCA